CACCUACACUCCUGUUGUUAUUCUUGUAUGGCAGAAGAGAUGCUGGUCUCUGGCAGACCAGGACUGGAACUGAAAUGGCCCUUUUAGACUCACAAUUCCCUGUCUGUGCCCUGGAGAGCAAAGGACAACCACAGAGAUCUGCAGGACUAAUAAAGCAAGAACAAAACCACACAGAGAAACAAGCAAUGGUGGAAAAUAGCCUAGUUAGGGAAGUUAAAACCACUAGGAAAAGCUUAAAUGAAAUCUGGAAGCUGAAGAAUCUUUUCCAAAAGGCUAGAUGGAUGUUUGGUUUAAAAAGGAAGGGAACAGGAUAGGUCAAGAUCACCUGCUUUUCUCCAUGGAGAAAGCAUUUCAUCCUUUUCUGCCCUUGUAAAUAGUUUGAAGCAAGUUAUGAAGUUGAAGGCUGCAAUUUUUACUUUGUGCAGGACACGUAAAGGGAGCUGCUAUUGCAUUACUGUUGUGGACAUUUCCACCUUUCUGGUCAGGACAUGGAUAUGUAGCUACAUGUAAUGCUGUGAUCUGGCUAUAAAAAAUCCCCCAGCUUCUCCAACCCACCCAUAUGCAGUGGCUUCCUUACCUGCUCCAGACCAGGUUCUCCAUGGGAGGGUAUCUGGCUUAGAGGUGGUGUUCAGCAGCAAUAGAUAAAAGCUCACCGUGAAAGCCCAUGGCUUUUUUGGCACUGAUGAAGCAGGCAGCAGCCCCUUGCUCUGCCUGCAUAUCCAGAUAUAUUGUGGAUGAGGGCCUGUGCUUCCAUCCAUCCAUCUUUGGAGUGUGGGAUGAGAUUUGAAGAGGUCUCCCAAAAAACUCCAGUAGGACUGCCAUCUUCCUCCAGCUAUGAUAAAAAAUGUGACAAAGUUACCUGUCAUGAUAGAGAAAUAUCUGCUUCAACGGGUCACUUCUGAAACACCAUCCCUGUCCUGCAUCUCUUCCCCACCCCGCGGGAGCUACCUGCGGUGAGCCCUGAACUCUAUGCUUGGUUUUCCUUCCUCCCAGGGGAAAAGACAAAACUUUUUUUCCCGGGAUUUUCUUACCCAGUUGGUCUACACCAGCUUGAAAAGUAACUAAACAGAGGAGCUUCGUUUGAGAGGUAAACUCCGGACUGUUGCCGCCUGAGUGCUUUUCCGACGGAUAAAAAGACAACGAAAACCAAGCGGUGAGGAAGUCCCAGCGGGAGGUUACCUGCUCUGCUGCCUGGGGCUGGGUACGCCACCGACUUCGCCCCGCUCUGGCAGUCGGCACUCGUUUAGUUUAGUUAUUUUUUUUCUCUUGGGAGGAAUCACGAGUAAAAAAGAGAUCGAAGCGCCCCAGAGAGCAGCCCGGGAUCCGAGCCGGGCGCCGCGCUGGCACCCGAGACCCCCGGGGGAGGGACCGCUCCGGGGCAUGGCUGCGAAAUAAAACCCUGGGGAGAGACUGUGGGAUUUAGCGGCGGGAGGCAGGACCCCUCCCAGGGGCUUCCUCCUCCUCCUGCGGGGGGAAAGGGGUCGGGGCGGGCCGGGCACCACACGCCCCUCCGGAGGGGCUGCCGCCCUAUAUAUUGCAAACCUGCUCGGGACCGGUCUCCCUAUCGCCGGGAGCUACCGCGGCGCCUGUCCCCCUCCCCUUCCCCUUCUACUCCCCCCUUCCCCUCCCUUCGGGGGAGAUCUUUCUCCCAUCGCCCCCCUCCCCGCCCCUCAUCCUCCGAAGAGGAGGAGGAGGAGGAAGGCGAGGGCCGUAUAUGAACGCGGCCGGAUUCCCUUGCCUGCGAGGUAUGUGUACGCUGCCGGCGCCCAGCCCUGCCGCCGCGGCCAGUCCCGGCUCUCCGGGGCCGCCUCGGGGAUCUCCUGCUGCCGGCCAGGCGCCUCCCGUGAAGCCGGAACCUCAGGGCUCUAGGACCAGCCCUCCUCCCCCGCCGCCCCCCGAGGAGCCGCCGCCGCCGACCGGGGGUCGCCGGAGGAAGCGGCCAGUGCAGCGGGGCAAACCCCCUUACUCCUACAUCGCCCUCAUUGCCAUGGCCAUCGCCAACGCCGCCGAAAGGAAGCUCACCUUGGGAGGCAUCUAUAAGUUCAUCACUGAGCGCUUCCCUUUCUACCGGGAGAACCCCAAGAAAUGGCAGAACAGCAUCCGCCACAACCUCACCCUCAACGACUGCUUCGUCAAAAUCCCCCGGGAACCCGGCCAUCCCGGCAAGGGCAACUACUGGACGCUGGACCCAGCCGCAGAGGACAUGUUUGACAACGGGAGCUUCCUGCGCAGGAGGAAGCGCUUCAAGCGCACCGACAUCACCACCUAUCCUGGCUACAUGCAGAACUCCAGUGCCUUCACACCUCCGCCCGCUGGCCGCCCCACGGCACCAACGGCACCCUACUCCAACACCCUCUGCUCACCCGGCUACGGCCCGCAGAUCUCCAGCGCUGUCUUCCACCCCUAUGCGGCUGGGGCAGCACCACCAGCGCAGCAUUCCAGGAUGUUCAGCAUCGACAGCCUCAUCAGCGGGCAGCAGGCCCUGCAGCCCUCACCACCAGCCGAGCUGAGCCACCCAUCGCUGGGUUUAUCUGGGGCCGAACUGGCUCCUGCCUGCUCUGCCAGCAGCUCUGAGCCUCCGUACUUCCAGGCGCAGCCUGUCAGCCCCGGCUUGUUGGGCCGAGCUGGACCCAACACCCUGCCUUAUCCCUAUACCGCCUCGCCCCCUCACCUGCCUGUGGCACAGGGCAGCUACUCACCCAGCAGCCCACAGCUCUACGGGGCUCCUAACAGACUGACGCUGCCAGCCAUGAGGCCCCCAGCCUGCACUGAGCACAGCGAGCAGCUCCUGGGGCUCUCUGCAUCACCCCUCAGCCAGUUUGGCUCCAACAACACCUACAUGAGGCAGCCCAAUUUCCCCACCGGCCUGGAACGGUACAUGUGAUGACUGGAAGCUUGAGUGGACAUCCCUAGGCUGCUACAAGAAUCUCUGGGCACGUGGACUUCUCACUGGGGGAAUCAUCUGGGGUGGGCUCAGGAGUCUGUGGCCUCUGGUCAUGUGUGGACGCACACCUGCAGGGGAACCUAACUUCUCUCUUUCUCAGCUUAUUUUUGUCUGGAGGCAAGGCGACCUAUCAUUCUGCCCCAUCCUCUCCUGGAAAAGGUGCUCUCUGACUGCAGCUGCUAGGCUGGGCUCCCCAUGCUCAGAGGUGCCCCUUCUGCACAGUAUGACCCAGCAGGGCACCCUGGGGCAUCCGAGGGUAACCCUGGGAUGAGGAGAAGCACACCCAGAAGGUGGGUGCAUGGUGUAACGUGCAGGAACUCUCUCACAAAUGGGCUUUCUCCUCUCUUCCUUGAGUGCCUCCUGUGUAACUGGAAAGCAAGCAAUCCAAAACCCCUCACUAAACCAGUUCACUGGAUUUUGAAUGAAUAUUUAAGAUGUUUAUAAUUUCCUUUCUCUGUAGGAAAACCUCCAGCACCCUGAAUACUUCUUUUUACUGUUUUUAAAAAUAACUUUUAUUGUUAGAAAAGGACUUUUAUAUAAUAAAGCUUCUUCUUCCAACAAGCCCAGUGCUGCUAUU